GGAUCCGUGAUCGAAGUCUUGAUGAACGUUGGUUGUAAGCUUGGAAUGAAAGUGUUUCUUGCUGUUUGUUCUUACAUAUUUUCUAAAAUAUAACAGUAAGAUACCAAUUUAUUUACGAAAAUGGCUAUGAUGCAACGGCGAACAAAUGUGAGACUUCCACCAGAAGUCAACAGAAUAUUAUAUAUCCGUAACCUUCCAUACAAGAUAACUGCUGAAGAAAUGUAUGACAUAUUUGGGAAGUACGGAGCUAUAAGACAGAUAAGAGUUGGCAACACUCCUGAAACAAGAGGAACAGCAUUUGUUGUAUAUGAAGAUAUAUUUGACGCUAAGAAUGCUUGUGAUCAUUUAUCUGGCUUUAAUGUUUGUAAUCGGUACCUUGUUGUUUUGUAUUACCAGUCUAACAAAGCAUUCAAGAGGAUUGAUAUUGAUAAAAAGAAAGAAGAAAUUGACAAGAUGAAAACAAAGUACGGGAUCAGUGCUGAAGAGAAGAAAUGAAAUUGUAGUGACAGCUUGUGACUUUGAUAACUUCAGACAAAAAGAGAUGUUGAUACAGAGAUCUAUCUUCUGGGCUAUAAUGCCAUGUAGUAUGUUGAAAGUCGACAAAAAUUUCAGAGGAAUGUGUUGUUUCCAUUG